ACUGAACCUACAUGAGUAAGUAGUAUAUUCUCGAUUCGAGGCAGUAGGAAUACGUUAAUUUUGUGCGACGCUAUGGCGCCACACCAUAUUGAGUGUAGUAAAUUCUAAAACGUAUGCAGUAGGAAAACAUAGUGUCAAUUUUGUUAAUGUUUUGUGGUAGCAUCGUACCGUACCGUAAAUUUAAAUUUCUAAUACAUAUUAAUUGGAUACUACCAAGAAAGUGAGUAUUUUUUAAAGUACAACGGAACUAAGAUUGCUAAAAAGUCGAGAUAUAAACGGCCAUUCGUAAAAUAAUAAAAAAAACACUAACAACAUGGCUGACGAUCAAUCAGUUGUUAUUUCUGCUGAAAUGAUAUUGUAAAUUUAACGGAGUACGUCAAGUUUACAUGACUAAGAAUUUAGUAAUGAAUGAAAAUUUCCUGAAAGUGAUUCAUUAUUAACAAAUAAAGUAACUAACGGGACAUUACGGACUGAAUUCAUAAACAUUCAGAAUCUACCGUGAUACGGUUGGUAAAAGUUUGGAAGGCAAAUAUUCAAAAGUUAUUGUCUGUUGGAAUGCCGCGGCGGGCACCAGAUAUUGUUCAGUUGCCUUUACACCCGAAGAAGAAAGUUAAGACUUUAGAGGAUGAAACCUCCAGUCUGGACGUGAGUUUCUGUGACGACGAGGCAUUACCGCCGGGUAUUGUAUUCACAGACAUUCAGCUCAAGAAAUGGCGGAUCGGGAAGCCCAUUGGUAGAGGAAGUUUUGGUAGGAUUUACUUAGCAUCAGAUGACGUAGACAACGAGGUGACCAAAUUCAAUGCAAGAUAUGUGGUUAAAAUUGAACCACACACCAAUGGUCCCUUGUUUGUUGAAAUACAUUGCCUUAUUAGAACUGCCCAAGCUGCUAAAGUUAAAUCAUGGAGAUUAGAAAAAAAGCAAAAACGUCUCGGCAUGCCGGUGUACAUUGCUAGCGGAUCGUUCACAGACGAGAACAGCGGUGUGAAAUAUAGAUUCCUAGUCUUACCUCGCUACGACGUUGACCUACACAAGAUCAUUAGCAGGACACGCGUUCUCGACUUGAAAAACGUCCUCGUACUGGCCAUACAAAUACUAGACGUUCUAGAGUACCUUCAUCAUCAAGGGUACACUCAUUCUGAUAUAAAAAGCUCCAAUCUAAUGUUAGGUUUUGACGGCACGAGAAUCGGUAAAAUACCGGUAUUGAAAUCGACCCCCUCUUACCAGAAGGAAACGAAGGAAGUGGCGGUUCUCUCCGGGAAGCACAGACGGGCUAAGCCGGGAAAAUCUAGGAAUUCGAAUUAUUAUGACGAUGAGGACUUUAAAAUCAGCUACAGGAGUCCUAAUCAGUCGGACGAGGAGAGCGACAGAAAGCUGACUACAGUGAAGAAUAAACUUCGGAAGAUACUCUCGGAUAGAGAUAGUAGGACCCUCCACAGGCACCACGCGUUCAAUCUCCGUCAGUUGUCGAGCUAUGUCAACUACGAGGACAUGAACAGUUCGGUUUGUUCGGAUCAGUCGUACCAGAAGCUGAUAGAUGACUUCGGUAACAAAAACUUGAUACGCACCACAAAGGAGUUUCGUGAAACUAAAAAGAAUAAUAAUGCUAGAUUGAAAGCGGGCAGUAACUGUAAUGAAGCCGACGAAAUAUACCAAGAAGCUGUUUUGUCACAAUCGAACGGCCUUAUUUACCUGUUGGAUUUUGGUUUGGCCUCGAAGUUCUUGGACUCCGACGGAAAGCACAAGGACUUUGGAAUGGACGCUAGAAAAGCCCAUGACGGUACUUUGGAGUACAGCUCUAGAGACUCCCAUAUCGGAGCUCAUUCCAGGAGGUCUGAUCUCGAAACGCUUGGAUACAAUUUACUCGACUGGUUAACCGGGACUUUACCUUGGAAAACGUCUGAAGUUCUGGCUGAACCGGAUCUAGUUCAUGCCUUGAAAAAGAAUUUCAUGGGCGACAUAAAGUUGCUGCUCAAAACUUGCUUCAAAACUGAAUUCUACCCUCAGUUCAUGGAGAAAUAUUUAGAAUACGUCACCAGUUUAGAUUUCCCCGAGAAGCCGGAUUAUGAUUACUGUAGAAGUUUAUUCAGGAGUGAACUGCUGAAAAAUGGAUGCUCAGAAAAGGAGAGCCUCAAUUUUAUAGAACUCUCAAUGUCGCCCAUGAAUAGAAAGCUCAGUUACACCAAAAAGUUUGGACGAAAAAACACGCCACCCAACUUUCUGGCACGGAAUGGCAUAAAAAAACCGCACGAGCGCGAGAACGUUUGGUCGUUAGAAAAUGACUUGAAAUUAGAACUUUUAAGGCAAACUUUGAACUCGUCGCGUGACGGCGUCCGCAAGCCGUGUGCGUCUAGGAACUUUUUCGUCUCGGACGCGGAUUUAGUGGCCCGACUCAGAAAAUCGCUGAUGCCCCACGACAUAUUCGGGAAGAAGUUAUCACCGAAAAAUUUGAGAUCGAAAAAGAAGAUAGUACAGAAACGCAAAGGCCGACACAGGAAUAGUAUUGGCAAAUUUGGAAACUUCAUGGGAUCCGCACGGCAAUUCUCUUGGGCCGAAGUACUAGCAGGUAACCCUGAAGACAUAAUAAGAGCGAAAGAGAGAACAGUAGCCGAGGAAUUUGACGACGACAGCACAUGCAAAUAUAGGAUUAGAAAACUUUCAGAAGUGUCAGAGAACAGCGAUUCGUCACAGUCGCCUCUGAUGCAAAAAGAUUACCUACAAAACAAGAACCCUACCUACGCCAUGAAAGAAGUUCUGGCCGCGUUCAGGAAGAAGGCACUCGGCAAAGAUAAAAGUACAAAAGAACACGAUCAUACGACUCAUUUAGACGGAUACACGCCGGCCAUGGUCAAAAUAUACAGAAUGAAAGAAAGGAGAGAAGCGAAAGAGAAAAUCGAAGUAUUAAAACAGCAGAAUGGUUUUAAGAGAGAGACUGAAAUUGAACCUAGAUGUACAAGAUCAACUAGAUCCAAACAGAAGCCGGAAUUAGUUCUGACGACACGAUGCACCCGACAAAAGGCUAGCAGCACAGAUGAGAAAGAAGUAGUAUUAGAAUGUAAGAGUAAUGAACAAUCGAAACUUAAGAAAAGAGUUGCAGGUAAGAAGAUUAAAAAAGAAGUGAAGAUCACUGAAGGUGUCAAGCCAGCUAAUAAAUCGAAAUCAUCAAGAAGAUCCAGUACGUAUUCCAUUCCUAAUAGAAGGAGAUUGCGAAGUAGUAAACGCGUGAAAUAAAUAAAAGAAAAAUACAAUAAAUCUUUCGUUGGGAAUUAACCAAUAAUAACUAUUGACAACUUAAAAAAAAACUUUUCAAAAAAUAUACAUUUUAUCAAUACAUUUGUAUUAAACUUGUGUGUUUAAAAAUAUCGUACCUUCAGUAUUGAAUGUAGCGUUGUUUUCAUAAAUACCCUCAGAUUCUAAAAAUAGUAAUGAUUAAAAGAAAAAAGUGUAUGCCUUUACCCCUUUUAUACAAAUUAUUAUUAAAAAAAAAGGAAUAAACGUGUCUAUGAAACCUCUACUAAGUCCAUUUGCAUUUCAAUUAAGUUGGUAGGACAAAAGAAUCAUGAGGUGAAGAAGUCUUCGCUCUAUUCGUGAUGGUCCUUCGAGCCUGCUUAAUAUCCUCUUAAUUAAAUACCUAAUUACUACGGAUACACUUAUUUGUGCGUGCUAUGCUACGUUGUCAAGGCAUAUUGGUUUUACUGUAUUUGUUUUUCGUCACGUCAUCACCAAUCGAGUAAAACCAUUUUAAAAUUGCACUUGUCCGAAGUAUCAAAUUUUGAAAAAAAAAUAGCUAGGUGGAGCGUGAAACUGACCUCCGAAAUACAACAACGAUGGCGGUAUCGGAUACGCUGCAGGCAAGUUAGAGUUUGAGCAAAAUACUUACUGCCGUGUUGUCAUUCAUACAAAUUCGGUUUCUAACUGUAAAAACUUUUUCGACUUUCUUGUCUAUGGAAGAGAUUAUUUAAAAACUUUUUUAAGUAAGUGACCAUUUAGCCAUUCUGGUCGUUAGAAACUUAUCAAAAUUGCAUGGUUGUAACGUGUCGGAACGUUUUAAUUUCUGAUUACAAAAUAUUGACGAAAAAGAGAGAGCGUAGUUUCAAGUAUAAAGCGAUACGAUGUUUUCCUGCUGCGUUUUCGUAUAUUCUAUUUCGCUGUGUCCUUCAAAUCCAGUAUCUAGGUUUGUUCCAUUAUCAACAAAAUCACAUGUAGGUAAUUAAUCAGGGCUUCGCACGGGUUAAUCCUUGUAAUAAACAUCUUAUUUUGGAGCUGUGUAUGUAUUUCGAAAGUGAAGCUAAUGUGAAUCCACCGUUUAAUGAUUUUACACUAAUUAAAUGAAUCUAUGAUUUCUGUAAUCCAACUUCGUAUUUCCUAGGAAAAUAUAUGUAUGUAUGUGGUGUGGUACCUACAUUAUUUUUACUAAUAUAAAAAAUGCAAAUAUAAAAUCGAAAUAUUGGUAUGUGUAAAUGCAAUUAUACUGCAUAUUAAAGUAUAUAUGAGUCGUCUAUUAUCAAAGGUGGCAAUCUGUGCAUUUGGACAAAAAAAUGUUAUUGAUAAGUCAAUACAGACUGAUUUGAAUAUAAUCGUCUCCUUCAAAGAAUACGGUUCAAAACCUGCAUUAAAUAAAGAUUAAUACUUAACCUAUUAUUUAUCUAAGAUGUCGUUUAGAAGAGUUUUGUGACUGCCAAUGGAAUACAAAGUCAAUAAUUCGUUUUUCUGAUUUACCAAUAAUUGUCCAAAAGUCACAUUGCCGGCUUUGAUAAUAGUCGACUCAUAUGGUGCAUUUUUCCGCCAUUUCAAUUCAGUACAAUAAACAUUUAAUCGAAUUUCUUUGCAUUUUAUUAUGCAAUUAAAUUAUUAUUUUCCGUUGUAUGUCAAUUGAUUUUGUAAGUUUACAAUGAAUAAAGAAAAUUGUGUAAA